GAAAGCAACUGACUUUUGUAUACAGGUAAACAUUACACGCCAAAGUCAGACUUACUAGUAAAGAGUUUCAGACACGAUCCAAGACUGUGAGCAGGGAAAAAGAGACAGGGACAUGGAUUAACGGCAUCAGAAAAAAGACUGACAGAAAGUACAGGCUUGCGAACUGAAACUUGAGAUACAAGGGUCCAGGGCUGCAAAAAUUACAGAAGAGAACCCCCGGCUAAGUGCUCAGUUUCAAAGUCUUUUUAUGUUCAGUCUCCCAAGUUUUUAUCUUAGGGUACAAUGAAAAUGACACGCACCUUGGCACAGUUGCUCAGAGAAUACCUGGCUAAGCGCCGGAUUCACAGAAAUCGUUUGGUGACCAAGGAUGGCCACUGCAACAUCGCAUAUGGAAGUGUGAGACAAAGCCAUCUUUUCGUCUAUGUUCUAGACAUCUGGACCACCUUAAUGGACAUGCGCUGGCGUUACAUCGUCUUUCACUUUGGAGCCUCCUUUGUGUUUGGCUGGUUCAUCUUUGGACUAUUCUGGUAUUGGGCUGCUUUUGCUAAUGGUGACCUAUACUGGCAAAACCCAUCUGCUGACCAUAACCCUUGUGUAGUGAAUGUUUUUGAUAUGACUGGUGCCUUCCUCCAGGCUAUAGAGACUCAGAUGUCCAUUGGUUAUGGUUAUCGAGUCAUCACCCCAUUUUGUCCUAGUGCCAUCACCAUUUUCACAGUUCAGGCUGUCUUUGGGACGGUGAUUAUCUGCUUUUGGUGUGGGGUGAUUAUGACUAAAGUUGCCCGGCCAAAGAAAAGAGCCAAAACCAUCAAUUUUAGCAAGAUGGCUGUCAUCUGCUCUAAUAAGGGCAACAUCUGUUUGCAGAUACGAGUGGCCAACAUGCGCAAAUCCUUGAUGAUUGGGAGUCAGAUCUAUGGCAAACUUCUUAAGACAACCAUCACACCUGAAGGUGAGACCAUUAUAAUGGAUCAGACCAGGAUAGAUUUCAUUGUAGACGCUGGAAAGGACAACCUUUUCUUUGUCUGCCCUUUGACCCUGUACCACAUCAUUGAUGAAUCAAGCCCAUUUUUUCAAAUGACAGUAGACACCCUUCACCAGCAGGAGUUUGAGCUAGUGGUGUUUCUCGAUGGCACUGCCGAGUCCACAAGCUCCUCCUGCCAGGUCAGAACUUCCUACCUUCCUAAAGAGAUCAUGUGGGGCUAUCAGUUCCUCCCUAUCAUCUCACGCAACAAAGAUGGAAAGUAUCAUAUAGAUUUCUCCAACUUUGCCAGAGUGGCUCCUGUAGAUACAGCACCUUGUGCCAGUCACUUUGCCAGAUCCCCAGACUGCUUUAAUCAUUCCAAUACUCCCACUGAGAGUGACAGAUUUCAAGAGAUGGAAGUUAAAGAUCAGUCCUGUGCUACCAAUAUGUAAUGCUCAUAUAUCCUGUUUAAACAUUUGCACUUGCCAUAGGGGCUUUCCUUCUUAUGUUGAUCACAGAAAUAUUAAGCAUUUAUGUCCUAUUGCAUUGCAAGAGAUGUAGCUGGAUGGUUUUUGACACUCCCAAAAGAUUAUUUAUGGGCGUAAAUAUUCACUCAUAAGACAUAGCCAAUUUAGCUAUCUUUAUGAAGAAUAAUAAUGUUUUCCAUGCAGCAGGUACCUUUGCCACUUCACAGAUCCAGGUCCCAGGGUGCUAGGUGGACUGACUGCUUUAAAUUACCUCUACAUCUGAAUGAGUGUGUGAAUGUGUGUGCAUGGUGCCCUGCAAUAAACUGCUGUCCCAUCCAGGAUGUAUUCUCGCCUCACAUCCAGUGUUCCCAGUUCCAAUGUGACUCUGACCAGGAUAAAAUGAAUGAAUGAAUGAAUGAAUUUUCUUUGAUAUCACUGAAUUGUGUCUGUUUUACUGAUAGCUACCAGAUGAUAUUCUGAUAAUGAGAAUUAACCACAAGGAUAAUGCAUCGUACUUCCCAUGAAUGUACACUAUAUGGCCAAAAUUUGUGGACACCUCACCAUCACACCCAUAUGUGGGUCUUCCCUAAACUUUUGCCACAAAGUUGGAAGUGCACGAUUGUAUCGAAUGUCACUGUAUGCUGUAGCAUUAAGAUUUCCUUUCACUGGAAUAAGAGGCUGUUCCAGCAUGACAAUGCCCCUAUGAACAAAGCGAGCUCUAUGAAGACAUGGUUUGCCAAGGUUGGAAUGGAAGGACUCGAGUGUCUUGUACAGAGCCCUGACUUCAACCCCACUGAACACCUUUGGGAUGAACUGGAACACUGACUGCACUCCAGGCCUCUUCACCCAACAUCAGUACCUGACCUCACUAAUGCUCUUGUGGCUGAAUGGACAAAUCCCCACAGCCACGCUCCAAAAUCAUUCCCAGAAGAAUGGAGGUUAUUAUAACAGCAAAGGGGACUAAAUCUGGAAUGGGAUGUUCAACAAGCACAAGUCAGGUGUCCACAUGCAGUGUACUUUGGUGUGAAGCCACAUAGAACUCACUUUACACGUCACACAGAUGCACACAUUCCUGUCCCUUGGAAAAUGGAGAAUUUGUGAAAGAUUAAAAGUGAAGAACAAUAGUUAAAUAGUUAAAUACCAUUCUUUCUGUAAACACUCACAUUGCUUCAAUAUUAUGGAUAUCCACAGUGUAAAGCUUAAAGUCCAGCACUGACUGGAAAUUAUAUAAUCUAUAAAACAUAUUUAUUCACUUGGCUGCACUUAUGAAACUUUCGGUGUGUUGUUUUCUCAGAUUAUCAUCAUGUUGUUUGUAUAAUAUUUUAUCAUUAGCAAUUGUUAAAUAUAUUGUUAAAUGUAUUUUAAUAUAACUGUUAAAUAUUGUUAAAUGAGCUACUAAAAUAAUUAACUAGAUGACUAUUCUUGACACUGCAUGAGUUCUAUAAGGCAUUUUAAAUAGUAAAAAAGAGUAUGUACUUAUGUAAAGCUUUCAAUUAAAUAUAUUUAGAAAAAAAUCUUUUAAUUUAAUUUUGUUUUAUUUUGAGAGCUGUAAUAAAUUAAGUAUGUAUGACUUCAGUAAACUAGUUUUCUACACUGUGUGUAGUUUAUUUGUAAUCCUGAGUGAAUAGUGGAUACCUUGAGUAAAUACUAGAUAUUAGGGUUAUUUUUAUUUUCUGCUCAGCCAGAAGAGGGCAGAAAAGGCAAAGCAAUGGCAGUCUGGGAGAAAUUGUGACUCAUGACAUCCAUACACAUUGUGCAAAAUAUCAGUAAAUGAGUAAAUGCAUGACCUGUUCACAUUAAAAAAAAAAAAAAAGUGAGGAUGUUAUUGCUUGUAGUUGAAUGUUGGUCAUCAUAAUGAGCAGCACAUUAGGACUCAUUUAAUGUUUUAAAUGCAGUAUAUGUGUAAGAUAUGAUAUAAAAGGGUAAUAUAUGAUAUUAUAUAAUCACUUUGGAAGCCUGAUAUUAAGAUCAUGGCUGCAAAGUAAGGUGGAAAAUUCUGCAGAGAGAUGAUUGUCUGUAAGGUGUCUGUGGAGGGGAGGCGAAGCUGGCUGUGCGUAAGAGAGGGUGGUGCACCAUGGAAUGCUUUUGUUUAAAAGUGCUUCUCUCUGACUCACAACAUGACACACAGAGUGACGCAGAGGCUUUCCGGUAAACAGGAGAAUGUGUUCAUGGUGGUCACGCAUGUAAACACCCACACAAACACACACACAAACACACACACACAAACAGACCUACACAUACACAUGUACACGUACACACCUACAUGUAUACACGUACACACAAAGCUCGCCUACAAGCAAAGGAAAGUUAUCUUCUGAUAACUUACAAACAGGUGAUAUAACAUUUUAAUUUUAUUUAAUUUUACUUAAUACUUAAUAUUUAAUUAAUUUUAUCUUCAUAAUAUCCCUAAUAUUUUAUUUUCUAAAAUAAAAAAACAGACAUAUUGUA